AUGGGGUCCGCCGUGACGGGAGCCAAUGUGGAGAAGAUCCCAGGCCUCAACACUCUAUCCGUCUCCUUAGCGCGUAUAGACUACGCGCCGGGUGGUUUAAACCCACCUCACACUCACCCACGCGCCACCGAGGUUGUCUACGUCCUCGAAGGAGAGCUCGAAGUUGGGUUUAUCACGACGGCGAAUAAGCUUUUCUCUAAAACCAUUAAGAUUGGUGAAGUUUUCGUUUUUCCAAGAGGGCUCGUACAUUUUCAGAAGAAUAAUGGAAAAUCUCCGGCGUCGGUUUUAUCGGCCUUUAAUAGUCAGUUGCCGGGGACGGUUUCCGUUGCGGCGGCCCUUUUUGCGGCGGAGCCUGCUCUGCCGGAAGAUGUGUUGACAAAGACUUUUCAGGUUUUGACAAAGCGAACAAUUCCUGCGAUGCCGCCGAAGAGGAAUUUCAGGAAACGUAAUUUCGAGGAGGAAGAAGAAGAUGAUCAAAGUAAAGCCGAAAUUUCAGACGAAGAAGAGAAGCGAAGAUUGGCGUUGGAAGAAGUGAAGUUUUUGCAGAAGCAGAGAGAGAGAAAGCUAGGAAUCUCAGCUUUGUCUACGGCGCAAAAUAGCACGGGAAAGUUGAAAGCAGUGGAGAAGACCGAAGUCGAAGGAGAGAAAGAGGAGCUCGUGUUGCAGGAUACUUUCGCUCAAGAGACUGCUGUUUUAAUUGAAGAUCCCAAUAUGGUUAAGUACAUUGAACAAGAACUGGCGAAGAAAAGGGGAAGAAGUCUUGAUGAUGCAGAAGAGGUUGAGAACGAAUUGAAGCGAGUGGAAGAUGAGUUAUAUAUGAUACCUGAUCAUCUUAAAGUUAAGAAGCGUAGCUCGGAAGAGAGCUCAACACAGUGGACUACCGGAAUAGCAGAAGUCCAACUCCCAAUCGAAUACAAGCUGAAGAACAUUGAGGAAACUGAAGCUGCCAAGAAGCUUCUGCAAGAGAAGAGGCUUAUGGGUCGGCCAAAGUCAGAGUUUAACAUCCCGUCUAGUUACAGUGCGGAUUAUUUCCAGCGCGGGAAAGAUUAUGCUGAAAAGCUUAGAAGAGAACAUCCUGAGCUAUACAAAGAGAGAGGCCCUCAAGCUGAUGGCCAAGGAGCUAAACCGUCAAGUAGUAAUAAUGGUGCUGCUGAUUCAGGGAAAGGCAGACAAGCUGCAACUGAUCAAAUCAUGUUGGAACGAUUUCGCAAGAGAGAGCGUAACCGUGUUAUGCGGAGAUAAGAGAGAGAGGCUUUGAUUACUCACUCGACCUUGUAACAAAUUGAUAUUUUUGAAAAAGCGUAACACAUUUCUCUGGAUAUUCGACUCAUGUCGUCGUCAAUGUAUUAGAAUUCUGUAACAUUUCCAUUCAAGAAAUCAAGUUUUUUCAUUUACAAUGCCCAUGUAAUUUUUUCAGAAGUUUAAGUUGCUCUUGAAAC